AUGGGAGUUGAGAUAUCUUCUCCAGAUUUCCAAGUAGGGAUUCAGUUAGGAGAGACUUUCAUGUCUCAUCAUGAUGAACUUACUGAAGAACCUAGAAAAAUGAUGAAGACAUCUGUUACUCCAUUUGUUCUCACAUUCAAUAACCUAACCUACAGUCUUAACACAAGUAAGGAACUGUCAUUUUCUAGUAUCUUUUGCCGGAAACAAACCGAAUUACCAAGUACGUCAUCCUCAAAGAAAAAGAUGUUGCUGCAUGAUAUCUCAGGUGAAGCUAGAGAAGGUGAGAUUUUAGCUAUUCUUGGUCCUAGUGGUUCGGGUAAAUCAACCUUGAUCGACGCACUGGCGAAUAGGAUAUCUAAGGAAAGCUUGAAAGGAUCGGUCACAAUGAAUGGAGAAACUCUAGAAUCAGGUGUCCUUAAAACGAUAUCUGCUUAUGUGAUGCAAGAUGAUUUGUUGUACCCGAUGUUAACAGUUGAAGAAACACUCAUGUUCUCGGCUGAGUUUAGAUUGCCUCGUACUCUCUCGAAAUCCAAGAAGCUGGCAAGAGUUCAAGAUGUGAUCGAUGAGCUAGGAUUGCAUGAUGCAGCAAAGACCAUCAUAGGAGAUGAAGGUGAAAGAGGUAUCUCUGGAGGUGAGCGUCGCCGUGUUUCAAUUGGAGUUGAUAUAAUUCACGAUCCAAUUUUAUUUUUUCUCGACGAGCCAACAUCAGGACUUGAUUCAUCAUGUGCUUUCAUGGUGGUGAAAGUCCUGCAACGAAUUGCUCGUACGGGGAGGAUAGUCAUUAUGUCUGUUCACCAACCUAGUUCAAGAGUUGUUGGCUUACUCGAUCAACUGAUAUUCCUCUCACAUGGAGAAACAGUCUACUACGGUUCAUCCACAAAUCUCUCACUUUUCUUGUCGGAUUUCGGUCAUCCCAUCCCAGAAAAUGAUGAAAAGACGGAAUUCAUGCUUGAUUUAUAUCGCGAACUUGAGGGUGUACCCGGUGGGAGAACAAGUAUCGUCAAUUUCAACACAACCUGGAAGAAACUGCAAAGUCACAAUUACCAUCCAGAGAGUUUCAAUGAGUUGAGUUUAGCAUUUGAAGAAGCUGCAAGUGCUCGUAUAUCAAGGAGGAAACUCAUUUACAGUGAUGCCGAUGACACAGGUCCAGCGUUGGCCGACUCGAAGUUUGUGAAUCCAUUUUGGGUUGAAAUCUUUGUGCUGGUGAAACGAUCAUUAUCAAACUCAAAGCGGAAACCUGAACUAAUUCUACAUCAAAUUGGUGCUGUGGCGGUUGUAUCUUCUGUUCUAGCUAGUUUGUUUUGGAACCUUGACAAAACAGAAGUAGGUGUUCAAGAACGAGUAGGGUUCUUCGCGUUUAUGGUCACAACCAUCUUCUUUGGUAGCAUAGAGGUGCUCGCAGUUUUCGUCCAAGACAGGUACAUCUUUAUGAGGGAAACAGCAUAUAAUGCAUACCGUCGUUCAUCGUAUAAUAUAUAUCGCUCCAUUUUAGUUAUACCCAGACUACUCAUUUUAGCCAUUUUAUUCGCAUCAAUAACAUUGUGGUCUGUUGGUCUAAAUGGUGGAUUUCCUGGUUUCUUGUUCUAUUUCUUGUCAAUAUUCGUAUCACUGUGGGCAGGAGACUCGUUCGUUAGUUUGAUAUCAGGUUUGGUUUCUCAAGUUAUCUUGGGUUACAUUGUAGUUGUGCCUUUAAUUGGUGUAUUUCUUUUAUUCAGUGGUUUCUUUAUCCAUAGAGAUAGAAUUCCAACAUACUGGAUUUGGUUCCAUUACAUUUCUGUGGUCAAGUAUCCAUUCCAAGCCAUGUUAUUGAGCGAAUUCGACAACGCAAACUUGUGUCUGGUUGAAGGGGUUAUACAGCAGAAUAAGUCUUGCUUACUCGUGGGUAAGGCAGAACAAUUUGUAAACCCGGUUACUCAAACGAGUAGCGCCUUGGGAAGUUGGAACUUACCAACUAGGCGCAGGAAGCAAAAAUUUUCCGAUUCGUCACAAGGACAAUAUGCAUUUGUUUUUGUGUGCUUACACUUUCUGGGCACUAGUUUAGGAAAAAAAAAAUGCUUUGUGCACUUGUUAUAG